AUGCGUGUCGUGCUCCACCCGCUGCUCAGGGACAACUUCAGAGUCUACGAGGACGUCGUGCUCCUCCUCGCGCUCCUCCUCUACUGCUUCUUCGACAUGGAUUACCCCGAGUGCGCCAAGGCCUUUGAGACCUACGUCGGCACCGCCAAGCAGAUCGAUGCGCUCCGAGCCUUCUACGCCUGGUGCGACGACACCGGCUUCGCGCGCUCGUCCGACAUCCUCGACGUCAGGCACGUCGAUGACAAGCUCCUUGAGACCAUGGAGCAGUUCCUGAGGCAGCGCGGCCGGGCGUGA